GAUUCUUUGGUGUUCGAAUUGUCAUUUGCAUCCGGGGUCAGCCAACCAUGGGUCGACGUCACAGCUUCAGCUCGUCGACUCCACUGAGGUUUAUUACCCCUCUACCCCUCCAUCCCAACAGGGUCAGCUCAGCUCAUUCAGUUGCGUCUUUUUACCUGACCUGAGGCACCGGUGACAUAAAACAUACAAUAACCCGGACUCUUCCCCGUGCGUCCAGACUAGCAGCUUCUGGCCGCAACCAAUUUCUUAGUCGAAUUGCCAACAUGUCUCUGGCCAACAAGCUCUCCAUCGAGGACGUGGACCUCAAGGGCAAGCGCGUCCUGAUCCGCGUCGACUUCAACGUCCCUCUCGACGCCGACAAGAAGGUCACCAACCCGCAACGCAUCGUCGGCGCCGUCCCCACCAUCAAGUACGCCAUCGACAAUGGCGCCAAGGCCGUCGUGCUCAUGUCCCACCUCGGCCGUCCGGACGGCAAGGUCAACCCCAAGUACUCGCUGAAGCCGGUCGUGCCCGAGCUCGAGAAGCUGCUGGGAAAGAGCGUGACCUUCGCCCCGGACUGCGUCGGUCCUGAAGUCGAGGAGAUUGUCAACAAGACCGACAACGGCGAGGUUGUGCUCCUCGAAAACCUGCGCUUCCACAUUGAGGAGGAGGGCAAGGGCACCGAUGCCGAUGGGAACAAAGUCAAGGCCGAUAAGGCCAAGGUGGACGAGUUCCGCAAGGGGCUGACCAAGCUUGGUGACAUCUACAUCAACGACGCCUUCGGCACGGCCCACCGCGCCCAUUCGUCGAUGGUAGGCGUCGACCUCUCGCAAAAGGCGGCCGGCUUCCUCAUGAAGAAGGAGCUCGACUACUUCGCGCAGGCGCUCGAGUCGCCCAAGCGGCCGUUCCUGGCCAUCCUGGGCGGCGCCAAGGUGUCGGACAAGAUCCAGCUGAUUGACAACCUGCUGGACAAGGUCGACACGCUCGUCAUCUGCGGCGGCAUGGCCUUCACCUUCAAGAAGACGCUCUACAACGUGUCGAUCGGCACCUCGCUCUUCGACGAGGCUGGCGCCAAGACGGUCGGCGACCUGAUGAAGAAGGCCGAGAAGAAUGGCGUCAAGGUGGUGCUGCCCGUCGACUACAUCACGGCCGACAAGUUCGACAAGGACGCCAACACGGGCAAAGCCACCGACGCCGAGGGUAUCCCCGACGGCUGGAUGGGUCUCGACUGCGGCGACGAAUCAGUCAAGCUGUACAAGGCCGCCAUCGACGAGGCCCAAACCAUACUCUGGAACGGGCCGGCGGGCGUCUUUGAGUUUGACAAGUUUGCCAAUGGCACCAAGGCGACGCUUGACGCGGCAGUUGCGGCUGCGCAGAGCGGCAAGAUUGUCAUCAUUGGCGGCGGUGACACGGCUACGGUUGCGGCCAAGUACGGCGUCGAGGACAAGCUCAGCCAUGUGUCGACGGGCGGUGGUGCUAGCUUGGAGCUACUUGAGGGCAAGGCGCUGCCGGGUGUUGUCGCACUGAGCGAGCGCAAGUAGGUAAUGUUGUUAGAAGGAG